AUGACCAAUAGUGACAAUGGGGAUGAUGAUGACAACGGUGAUGUUUCCAGUUCUGCUACCACUGAUGUGCCAACCGAAGAUGAUGUGAACGACAUAAUUCUAGACAAUGGAUUCAACUUGACACAUGGUUUGAAACGAUUUCAAUCUAUUGUACUUCAAAAUUCGAAGACAACAGGUUUUACGAUGUACCAAGAUGUCCACGAAGUAUUGUCCCUCAAUCACAUUCUGCUCCUCAAUGACAACCAAUAUGGAAAAUCACUGAUAGACUUUCUUGGCUUGGAUAACUUGACUGGAUAUCAUGCUCACUUGAAGAAGCCCUAUAUGGAUGAUGAUGUGGCUGUGGAUGACACUUUGAUGUAG